AUGAAGAACAUAGUGCGUCAUCGAUUGAACAAUCGAGUCCAAAACGGAGUACGUGAGUGCUACAAACAGUCGGUGAAGCUCCGAGGCAUAGUGGAAGGGGUCCGCGGUGAGCCCUGGGUUUGUGAACCUGGCAUUGAUCCCAAGACCGGAGAAAAAGCAGGACCAUACGAAGCACUUUCUUUCGCUUCAUUGGUGGAGUCUUUUUACAGUGCGUUAGAUGAAGAUGGUGAGAACCCCAACCUCCGGUUGACUCUCAACAAAGGCCUGGAGUGCCGAAUUCUUCACAGCCGGGCACCGCCCGCUGUGUUGAAAUACUUGGUGCACCUCCACAACAGAUUCCAUCAAGGAUCCUCCACAUCUUUCGUGGAUCUUUUGGGUGUGGUCCCAGAUGUGCCCUUGCUGGAAGAGAACUCUGAGACCAAUUGGAUCAUCGACACGUCAUCCAAGAAAAACAUGUUCGUGCGAUUGCUGACUCCAAUGAGCGGAAGCGUUGUAACUACUGGCUCUGCGAAGAGGACACCUGCGGCUAAGGCAAAUCCCAAAGCCAAGGCCAAGGCGAAGGGAAAGGCCAAAGCCAAGGCCGCUUCCACUCCCUCUUCUGGAAGCCAAGUCAGUGUGCCGAAUCUACCACAUGAAGAACAUGUACACGAUGCGACAAUUGCUUGUGCAGUGGGCGUCCGUCAGAAACUAUGGUUAGAUGAUCUGCUGGCUUGCACGAAUCAUGUUUGUUCAAGUGUGGCUCGCAUGGGGGUGGAGAAGGAGCACAUUGAAAGUUUGAAGUCACAGCUGAUCCGCACAGGCUUGCUGUUUGCUAUGAAAGGUUCUGUUGUCCUGGAGACCGGCAAGUCAACAAAGACACACAAGAAGUGGUCAACUUUGCGUCCAGCAUUGAAAGAACACGCUAUGAUGAUUCUCAUUCAGGUGAUGAAAGCGAAGCUUGACAAUGCUUUGAAGGAAGAUGCAUCAGGAGGAUCAACGGCAGGUUUGAGACAGUUGGAGGCGGCCGUGUCGAGCUACAAUGAAAGCAUGUACGUGGACCAAAACAUGUCUGCCGAUGACAAGCUGCAGAAAUGGAGUGACGAAAUUCGUGCCUGGAUGAGUUCUGAGCCCGAAGAGAUUGCUCACACCGACAAGUGUUUGAAAGUGACGUCGCAUGCAACAUUCGGGAAGAUCAAAGCUGCCAUCUUGAAUGCAGUUUGCACAUGUUCUGGUUUUGACGGCAGUCCAGACCCUCAGGCAGCUGCAUCCUGUAUGUUGCAUUGCUCUCAGCCCCAGUUUGCCGAUGUCAUGUACGAGAUCCUUCGUCAUGUGCAUGCAGUCUUUGGCGACAAGUUUACAUGCUUCGUGAAUCUCUUCUUGGAUGAGAUCACCCGAGGCCUGUGA